AUGCCGGAGCUCACGGUCGAAGCCAUCAAAGGCCGUCCUGUGGCUGUUCUCGGUGGUGGUGUUUUGGGACGAAGAAUCGCAUGUGUGUGGGCAGCUGCUGGCCAUACCGUACAUAUUCGCGAUCCUUCAGAAGAACAGCGCAAUGCUGCCAUCCACUACGUUGAGCAGAACAUCGCUUCAUACGCCAAGACCAUUUCAAAUUCAAACCCAGGCAAAGCCAUUGCUUUCGCAGACUUGGAACCCGCCGUCAAGGAUGCAUGGACCGUUAUCGAAGCAGUACCUGAGAAGCUGGAACUCAAGGUUGAUACCUUUGCAGAUCUUGCAAAACUGACGAAGAAGGAUUGUCUCUUGGUCAGUAACUCGAGCAGCUACAAGAGUGGAGAGAUGUUGGACAAGGUCGAUGAUGAGACGAAGAAGCGUAUCCUCAAUACUCACUAUAUGAUGCCACCGGACAACAGAAUUGUCGAAUUGAUGACAGAUGGUUUCACCGACGAGGCCAUCUUCCCCUUCUAUGUCGAGAGACUGAAGGAGUGUGGUAUGAGCCCAAUCGUUGCGCACAAGGAGAGUACUGGUUUUGUAUUCAACCGUAUUUGGGCAGCGAUCAAGCGUGAAUGCCUUACAGUGCUCAGUGAGGGCGUUAGCACCCCUGAAGAGCUGGAUCGUGUCUGGUUGGAGAUGUUUUCAGGAGGCAAGGCUGGACCUUGUGCCAUGAUGGAUGCUGUCGGUCUGGAUACCGUCGUCUUCAUCGAACAACACUACGUCAAGGAGCGCGGGCUCCCAACCAAGGACACUGUCGACUUCCUCAAGUCCAACUAUGUCGAUAAAGGUGCACUCGGCGCCAAGAGUGGAAAGGGAGGUCUUUACCCUGCUGGUCACACCACCAAGGCGACUGGUGAAGAGUCCAGCCACCACGACAACCUACACGCUCCAACUUUGUACUAUCUUGAUCUUGGAUUGAAUAACACCGAAGAAGAUCUUGCGCAUUCAGGCAAGAUCGUAGCCCAAUCAGCGUCCGGCGGAGAGCCCAGAACACUGGUUUCGAACCAGACUUUGCCUGACGGUCUCGACAUCUCCGUCAAGGACAACCGCAUCUACUGGACCAACAUGGGUAUCCCCACGGCGAACGAUGGCAGUGUCCAAUCGUGCAAACUCGACGGUUCAGAUGUCAAAGAAAUUGUAAAGAAAGGAGAUGUACACACCCCCAAGCAACUCAUCAUCGACCAAAAGAACAACAAGCUCUACUUCUGCGACCGCGAAGGUCUUAGAGUCAUGAGAUGCAACCUCGACGGCAGCGAACAAGAAACUCUAGUCCAGAGAGGCGACUGGAAGAUCAAAGAAGAAACUCAAGACUGCCUCAGAUGGUGCGUCGGUAUUUCGGUCGACAACAAGAACGGCCACUUCUACUGGACCCAAAAGGGCACCAGCAAAGGCGGCCAAGGCAAGAUCUUCAGAGCAAAGCUGCAAAUGCCUUCUGGUGAGACCGCUACCAACAGAUCAGACAUCGAGAUGGUCUUCGCCGGUCUUCCCGAGCCUAUCGACCUCGAAAUCGACGAGGAGUCUGGAAAGCUGUUCUGGACCGAUAGAGGCGACCCACCAAUGGGCAACACUAUCAACAGCGUUGAGCUGAGUGCCCUCGCACACAUCCAAGAUGCGAGCGACAACCCCAAGUACAACAUCUUGGCCCGCAACAUGCACGAAGCAAUUGGCGUCAAGCUCGACAAGAAGAACCAGCACAUCUACGCCACUGACUUGGGUGGUUUCGUGUACAGAUUUGACCUUGAUGGGCAGAACAAGAAGAGAAUUGUUGAUGUUGACAACAGAGCAUUCUCUGGCAUCACCCUCGCACACGUUUAA